CGCGCGCUCUGAGGCGGGCUGUUCGUCUGGUAGUCGUGAGGAGACGCCUCUCCCGAGAGCCCGGCGGGGUUUCCUUCCCGGCUGGUCUCCGCUGCGUCCCGUGCGGCCUCCGGAGGGGCGGCUGCGACCCCCGAAAGGUCGGUGCGCCCGGGACGGACCUCGGCCUCGUCUGGGCAGUCAGAACACCGCAUAAAGCUGGCAAACAUGAAAAUAAUCUCUCGCAGCAGCUACCUUCUAAUCCGUCUGGAAACUUCUGCGAGCUGAGGGCUGGAGAUGCCUCUGGAGACAGCUUUGUAAUUGAAGCAGACUUUCUCCCAGGAACGCAUAGAAAAGGGUGUAGCUGCUACUGAAGUAAAGAUUUAAAGGAGGUCUCAUGACAACGAAAGCAAAUUUUCCUGUGACAGCCGGAUCUAUAGUUGUCCCUUAUGGACAUGUGAUUGGAAAUGAGAAGUGGAGAGGGUCAGAGAUAGCCCAAAGGCUACAAGGGAAGAUUAGACUCAUCUUUGAAGAUGACUUGGGACUUGUGGAUUUUCAUCUUUCAAACAGAACUUGCAUUUUAUAUAUUUCUGAAGCAGAUUUGGUCACAGGGGAUGAAUUCAAACGAAGAUUGGUUCGGUUUAGAAAUGUCAGCAGUCUUGGGGGAAUUGUCAUUGUGGAGAAAACCCAAAUAAGUGAUCAGUACUUCUUAGCAGUACAAAAGCUUGUUGUGCUAGAACUUGGAAUGGUGUUGCUCCCUGUGGCAAAUCAAGGAGAAGCUUCUCAACUCAUUACUCAGCUAGUCCGUGAACAAAGUAAGGAUCACAACAGUAACCCCUUUCUUCGUAAACAGUGUUCACAGCUGGCAGAGUCAUCAGUGUUUCGGACGGUACAACAAAUUCCAGGAGUUGGGAAAACAAAAGCUCUGCUUUUACUGCAACAGUUUGGAAGCAUCCACCGGCUUUGUAACACAUCUGUCAAAGAGCUUGAGCUAGUAGUCGGACAAACGGUAGCACAACAAAUUUACACUUUUUUAUGUUCCUGAUAUGACACAUAUAUGUUUUGGAAAACAAAGACUUUUUGUUUUGUUUGUUUCUUGUGAAUUAUAAAAUUGUUUUUAAUAAUCACAUAUUAUGGUAAUUUCUAUAAUCCUAGUAACAAGUGGAGUGUGUUGAUUAAUUACCUAGAUAUUACUCUGCUGCUGCUUCUUUACAGCUGUUCUGCUUAUUGGGCUGUGAAAACUGCCUUGGAAAGAGGGCUGUAAAGUGUUUUGCAUCUAUCUUAUCUUGUACAAAACACUGAAAGCUGUCUUUUUCAGCACUGUCAGAAAAAAAAAUGGAAAAGCACUUUGCUUGCUUACUUUUGUCUUCCAGAAAUAAACACUUCAUUAAUA